GAUGAUGAUGAUGAUGAUUCGGAUGAUGAUGAUGAUGAUGAUGAUGAUAAUGAUUAUGAUUGUGAUCUAGGCGAUGACGAUGAUGACGGGAAUGAUGAUGAUGAUAUUAUUGACGAUGAUGAUUUUGAUGAUUAUGAUGUUGAUGUUGUUUUUGAUGAUGAUGGCGUUUAUGAUAACGAUUGGGAUGAUGAUGACGAUGUUGAUGUUGAUUUGCAUGAUGAUGAUGUUGAUGAUGAUGAUGAUUUUGAUGAUGGUGAUAAUGACGAUGAUGUUUUGGACGAUGGUGAUGAUGAUGAUGAUUAUUAUGAUGGAGAUUCGGAUGAUGAUGAUGAUGAUUUGGAUGAUGACGUUAAUGAUUAUGAUUAUUAUGAUGAUGUUUCGGGUGAUGAUGAUGAUAAUGGCGAUGAUGAUUUGGAUGAUGAUCAAGAUCAUGAUGAUUUUGAUGAUGACGAUGACGUUGAUUAUUAUGAUAUUGAUAAUGAUGAUUUGGAUGAAGUUGAUGAUAAUUAUGAUGAUGCUGAUGAUGGUGAUGAUGAUUUGAAUGACGAUGUUGAAGAUGAUGAUGAUGAUGAUUUGGAUGAUGAUGUUGAUUUGGAUGAUGAUUUGGUUGAAGAUGAUGAAUGUGAUGAUGAUGUUGACGAUGGUAAUGAUGAUUUGAAUGGCGAUGUUGAUGAUGAUGAUUUGGAUGAUGAAGUUGAUGAUGAUUUUGAAGAUGGUGAUGUUGAUGAUGACCUUGAUGAUGAUUUGGAUGAUGAUGAUGAUGAUUUGCAUGAUGAUGUUGAAGAUGAUUUGGAUGAUGAUGAUGAUGAUUUGGAUGAUGAUGAUGAUGAU